AUACUGACUGUCGGAAAUAUGACGUAAAAGUCAUGUUAAUUCCAAUGAUUGCUGCCAAUCUUUCGUCCGAUUUGUCAUUACUACCUAUAUUUGCCUCCUUGGUUACCAGUUCAUAGUAAUCUAAAACUUCGGGUCUUCAGGAAUCAGGAUGCAACGUAUUUAAACGACAUUUUUGCUUGGAUUAUUUCAGACGAGACUGAGCGGAAGGUAAGAGAAAGGGGAUAUAACUAAAAGAAAAAAAGGACGUUGAUUCGUGAUCAUGGCAACAUCAACAAGAACAACAAUUCCAAUUGUAGGUAGCAGCAUGUCGAGUUCAAGUCCUGUGAAUUUGGUAAUUUCGACACAAUAUGCGUCGUCACCUUCUGUCGAUGAAUCGGUUACCACUCCCUUCACUACAAUCUUCGGGUCGACGACGGAUAAUAAUAACGUCACAAUGUCGACAUCGGAUAUGAUGACGACAUUAAAUCACACCGGCAUCGACAUUAAUCCGGUCCACGAGGGAUUAAGGAAGUUCAACAGUAUAUUGUUGCCAGUAUUAAUGGUGAUCAUCAUGACAUCUAUUGGGUGUCUCGUCACAAUCGACGGUCUAAAACAGGCGAUUCGUCGUCCAGUCGGCGUUGCAAUUGGUUUUGCUGGCCAGUUCCUUGUUUUACCUCUAUUGGCCUUUUGCUUGGCCGUGGUACUCAAAAUGGAAGCAGCGAACGCUCUUGGCAUGUUGAUGGUUGCUACGUCACCAGGGGGUGUGUCUUCCAGCCUGUUCGUUUAUUGGAUGAACGGAAACAUUUGUCUGAGCCUUUGCAUGAGCACUGUUGCUACGCUCGCUUCGGUAGGAAUGAUGCCCUUCAAUCUAUUCAUCUAUACCAGAUAUUGGGAGGCAGCGCAGAUCACGAUUCCAUAUGUUCAGAUCGCCUUAGCUCUCGCACUCAUCCUCAUUCCCGUUUUCAUCGGUCUCUUCAUACGGUAUAAGAAAGAGGCAUGGACACCUUAUAUUAUCAAGACCGGCAGCAUCUUGGGUCUCGUUGCCAUCAUCCUCAACCUCAUCAUCAACACCAUCAUCAACACCGCUAUCUUCCAGACGUCAUGGUCGGUAUGGUUCUCGGCCAUCGCUCUCCCUUUCUUCAGCUUCGGUUUGGCGUACCUCCUGGCUUGGAUCCUCCGACAAGACCAUAAGAACUGCAGGACGAUCGCCGUCGAGACCAGCUCGCAGAACGUCGCCCUCACCCUCGCCAUCAUCGGCGUCACCUUCGCCGAUCAGCAGCUCGACGCGCUGGUCGUGUACCCGUCGCUCUAUAGCAUCUUCCUGAUCUUCGACGGGCUCAUCAUGAUUCCGGUUUACUGGAUCGGUGCCAAGUAUGUCCUACCCAGGUUGAGAAGGUCAUCGAAGGAACAGAAGGAGACAGAAACACCCGAUCCCGAAGGAGGGUUGACUCUCAUCAUUCCAAAAUAUAAAAGAGAACAAUCAAGAGACUCGAACGUCACAGUAAUGACUCCAAUAUCGAUUUGAUACCACGACAGAAUGAUAUUCCAAUCUCACUCAGCAGUUGUUGAUAGUGGUGUAACUACGGAAGGGGGCACUUGCCCCCCCCC